GGCGACGGCGCGGGCCCGCGGCGCGGCGGCUGCAGGCCAGCAUGAGUUCCGUGAGAAGGAAAGGCAAGCCGGGCAAAGGCGGGGCCAAGGGGUCUUCCCGAGGCGGGAAGGGAGGCCGGGGCCAAGCCGGCAGGUCCCGCGGCAGCGGCGGUGGUGGCGGCAGCAGGAAGGCCUCCAGCAGGACAUGGGACGACGGCGACGACUUCUGCAUCUUCAGUGACUCCCGGCGCCCCUCCGCCUCCAGACCCCGCAGCAGCAGCGGAGGCGGCAGCGGCGGGCAGAGGGUGGAAGCGCGGCCCCGGUGGCGCUCGGAAGCCAAAGUGCCCCUGCAGAGGCUGCACAUGACCUCGGAGAACCAGGAGAAGGUGAAGGCGCUGCUCCGAGACCUGCAGGAGCAGGACGCCGAUGCGGGCUCCGAGAGAGAUGUCUCGGGGGAGGAGGAGGAGGAGGAGGAGGAGGAGGAUGAGCCGGUCGGAGACGAGGAGCAGUACUGGGUGGCCGGCCGAGAGGCGUCCCUGGUCCCCGACUACGACCCUUCAGAGUACGGAGGCUCAGGGGCUGUGGAGCCCCCCGAGUGCCCCGUCUCCACAGUCGCUGUGCAGAAGCUGUCCAGGUACGGCUUCCACACUGACCGCUGCCGGCUGGCCCUGAGGGCCUGCGACGGAGACGUGGGCGCGGCGCUGGAGCUGCUGCUCACACAGUGCUUCGCCGAGGCCUUCGGGGACAGGGUGGCUGUGCCCGAGGCCGCCGGCGCCAGCCUGGACGAGUGUGUGGAGCAGCGGCAGGAGGAGGCCUUGGCCCUCAGGUCCAUCUGCGGGGACAGGUUCACCGAGAGGAUCCGGAACCGAGUCUGGACCGUGGGGCUGGACCUGGACUACCUGACCAGCAGGUUCUGCAAGGCCAGGCCCAAGGACGACGCCGGGCACGCCCAGGGGCUGCCGCAGGAAGUCUGCAGGUUUUACCUCAAAGGCAGCUGUAAAUUCGGAGCCAAGUGCAAGUUCCGGCACGAGGCGUCCCUGGGCCUGGUGGGCCGGGCAGACAGGCCUGCUGCCCGCGCCCCUCUCCCUGCCCCGAGAGAGGGGUCUUUUUUGUACGAGCUUGAAGUCCGGUUCCCUCGGGACCACCGCUACCCCCACCAGGCGCCCCUCGUGGCGUUUUAUUCCACCAAUGAGAACCUACCUCUGGCUUGUCGUUUGCACAUCUCCGAGCUGCUCUUCAGCAAGGCCCUGGCGCUGGCGGAGAGCGCGGAGCCCGCCGUGUACUCGCUGGUCACCCUCCUGGAGGAGGAGGUUGCCGUGGCCCCGCUGCUGACCAUCGGGCCCCACAAGCACAGUGGGGCCCCGGCCGGCGCCCCGCCCCGCCCAUCGGGGCCCGCCUGCCACGGAGCCGCCGUCCCCAGCCGCUCUCCCGUGUCCAGCCAGAUCCCGGAAGUCGAAGAGGAGUCGGAGCCUGAGGAGGAGGAGGAAGAGGAAGCGGAGGAAGAGGAGGAGGGACCCAAAGGGCCCGCCCCCGUGCUGGUGGAGAGCGAGAGCUACGUGAACCUGAAGAAGGUCUCCAGGCGGCACGACUGGUCGGAGCGAUCAGCCCACGCUGAAAACGCGAGGCUCUGCAAGCAGUUCCGGGCCAAGCAGAAUUCCAGGCAGUUCCAGGCGAUUCUGCAAGAACGACAGUCCCUCCCUGCGUGGGAAGAGAGAGAGACCAUCCUUAGACUGCUGGCCAGGCACCAGGUGCUGGUGGUCAGCGGGAUGACCGGGUGCGGGAAGACCACGCAGAUCCCGCAGUUCAUCCUGGAUGACUCUCUGAGCGGGCCGCCCGAGAAGGUGGCCAACAUCAUCUGCACCCAGCCCCGGCGGAUCUCGGCCAUCUCGGUGGCCGAGCGCGUGGCCAAGGAGCGGGCCGAGAGAGUGGGCCUCACCGUGGGCUACCAGAUCCGGCUGGAGAGCGUGCAGUCCCCGUCCACCCGGCUGCUGUACUGUACCACUGGCGUGCUGCUGCGCAGGCUGGAGGGAGACGCGGCCCUGCGCGGGGUCACCCACAUCAUCAUCGACGAGGUCCAUGAGCGCACCGAGGAGAGUGACUUCCUGCUGCUGGUCCUGAAGGACCUCGUGCUGCAGCGGCCGGGGCUGCAGGUGAUCCUGAUGAGCGCCACCCUCGACGCCGAGCUCUUCUCCGAGUACUUCGGUUCCUGCCCCAUCGUCACCAUCCCCGGCCGCACGUUCCCCGUAGAUCAGUUCUUUCUGGAAGAUGCCAUCGCUGUGACCAGGUAUGUGCUGCAGGACGGGAGCCCCUACGCGCGCUCCGGGAAGCAGCUGGCCAAGGAGCGGCUGCGGGCGCGGCGCCAGCGCACGGCCCUGGAGGAGGUGGAGGAGGACCUGAGGCUGUCCCUGCAGUUCCACGACCAGGACGCUGCCCGCGACGCCGUGCCCGACCAGCAGCUGGACUUCAAGCAGCUGCUGGCUCGCUACAAAGGGGUCAGCAAAUCGGUCAUCAAAACCAUGUCUGUCCUGGACUUCGAGAAGGUCAACCUGGAGCUAAUCGAGGCCCUGCUGGAGUGGAUCGUGAGCGGGAAGCACUCCUACCCCCCGGGCGCGAUUCUCGUGUUCUUGCCGGGUCUGGCUGAGAUCAAAAUGCUGUACGAGCAGCUCCAGGCGAAUUCGCUCUUCAACAACCGGCGGAGCGAGCGGUGUGUGGUCCACCCCCUGCACUCGUCCCUGUCCAGCGAGGAGCAGCAGGCCGUGUUCGUCCGGCCCCCGGCAGGCGUCACCAAGAUCAUCAUCUCCACUAACAUCGCCGAGACGUCCGUCACCAUCGACGACGUGGUCUAUGUCAUCGACUCGGGGAAGAUGAAAGAGAAGAGGUACGACGCCAGCAAGGGGAUGGAGAGCCUGGAGGACACGUUCGUGUCGCAGGCCAACGCGCUGCAGCGGAAGGGCCGGGCCGGCCGCGUGGCCUCGGGUGUCUGCUUCCACCUGUUCACCAGCCACCACUUCCGGCACCAGCUGCUCAAACAGCAGCUUCCCGAGAUCCAGAGGGUUCCCCUCGAGCAGCUCUGCCUCAGGAUCAAGAUCCUGGAGAUGUUCCAGGCGCACGACCUGCAGUCCGUCUUCUCCCGCCUCAUCGAGCCGCCGCACCCGGACUCCCUGCGCGCCUCCAAGAUCCGCCUGCGCGACCUGGGCGCCCUGACCCCCGAGGAGGAGCUCACGCCCCUGGGCUACCACCUGGCCUCGCUGCCCGUGGACGUGCGCAUUGGGAAGCUCAUGCUCUUUGGCUCCAUCUUCCGCUGCCUGGACCCGGCGCUCACCAUCGCCGCCAGCCUGGCCUUUAAGUCUCCUUUCGUAUCCCCCUGGGAUAAGAAGGAGGAGGCCAACCAGAGGAAGCUCGAGUUCGCCGUGGCCAACAGUGACUACCUGGCCCUGCUUCGGGCGUACCAGGGCUGGCAGCUGAGCUGGAGAGAGGGUGCCCGUGCGAGCUCCAGCUACUGCCGGCAGAACUUCCUGUCCGGGCGGAUCCUCCAGGAAAUGGCCAGCCUCAAGCGGCAGUUCACCGAGCUCCUGUCGGACAUCGGCUUUGUGAAGGAGGGUCUGCGGGCACGGGAGAUCGAGAAGAGGGCGCAGGGCGGAGACGGCGUGGUGGAGGCCACCGGGGACGAGGCGAACUCCAAUGCCGAGAACCCCAAGCUGAUCUCGGCCAUGCUGUGCGCCGCUCUCUAUCCCAAUGUCGUGCAGGUGAAAAGCCCCGACGGCAAGUUCCAGAAGACCAGCACGGGGGCGGUGAGAAUGCAGCCCAAGUCCGACGAGUUGAAGUUCGUCACCAAGAACGACGGCUACGUGCACAUUCACCCCUCCUCUGUCAACUAUCAGGUCCGGCACUUCGACAGCCCCUACCUGGUGUACCACGAGAAGGUGAAGACAAGCCGCGUGUUCGUCCGGGACUGCUGCAUGGUGUCCGUGUACCCGCUGGUGCUCUUCGGGGGCGGCCAGGUCAGCGUGCAGCUGCACAGGGGCGAGUUCGUGGUCUCCCUGGACGACGGCUGGAUCCGCUUCGCUGCAGCUUCCCGGCAGGUGGCCGAGCUGGUCCGGGAGCUGCGAGGGGAGUUAGACCAGCUGCUGCAGGACAAGAUCCGGAAGCCCAGCAUGGACCUGUGCACCUGCCCCCGCGGCUCCCGCAUCAUCGGCACCAUCGUCAAGCUCGUCACCACGCAGUGAGGGCACGCCGCAGGCCACUUGGUGGACGCCAGCACUGAGGGUUCUGCUUCGUGCUGCAGUGACGGACGCGGGAGGAAGAGAAUGACGGGGGUCUCCACCGAGACCCGACCCGACCUGGGCCACCGAGAGAAGCCACAGGCAGGCCAGAGAACGGGAACCGAGUGCAGGAGCAGGGACAGGACUGGAGCCAUAGUCCAGCGGGGAGGGCUCUUGCCUUGCCGCUGGGGCUGACCCCGGCAUCCCGGAGGGUCCCCCGAGCCCUCCGGGAGUGACCCCCUGACAAGACCAGUUUGUCCUAAAAACGAAACAGGAAAAGUCUGAAUCCUGUUUUGGGCUCUGGUGACUGAGUAAAGUUGAUUUCCACUUAA